AUGAUGUGUAUUCACACAGAGCCAUGGACCCAGAACCAAUUGGUAUCCCGAACAGACUUGCCAAACUCCUUACACGAGCUGCACUUGGAUCACAACAACAUUGAAGCGAUCGAGCUGGAAGAUCUGAUUCGUUAUAACCACAUACAGAGACUGGGCCUGGGCUUCAACAAGAUCCGGGACAUCGAGAACGGGAGCUUGGCUUUCCUGCAUGACCUGAGGGAGCUGCAUCUCGAUCACAACAACCUCACCAGGGUACCCGCUGGGAUUAAGGACAUGAAACACCUCCAGGUGGUCUAUCUCCAUUCCAACAACAUCUCACAGGUCGGUGUGAAUGAUUUCUGCCCAGUUGGAUUUGGUUUCAAGAAAGUGUACUACCAUGGGAUCAGUCUGUUCAACAAUCCUGUUAACUAUUGGGAUGUCCAGCCAGCCACCUUCCGCUGUAUUGUUGACCGGAUGGCUGUGCAGUUCGGGAAUUAUCGCAAAUAGUGUCUCCCGGGAUCUUCCUCUCCCUCUCUCCCUCCCUCUCCCUCCCUCUCCCUCUCUCUCACCCGCUCUUCUUUUCUCCCCCUCUCUCUCUCUCUCUGCCACCGUCACUAACUCU